CCAGACUCCCGAAUACGAUCAGAACGUGCUCAAGGCUCGUGCCAGUGUUCUCAACCAGUUGAGCAGUGUUUUUGGUCAAAAAUUAAACCGAAGGACUUCGGGUGGACAGUCGAGUGUAAUCACACCGAAAGGUGCUGUUGGUGGUUAGUUAAGAAGCGAGUCAUUUGCUGCAUUGUGUUAUCCACCGUCAGCAGACUACAAAGUGAAGAGUAAAAAGAGAAAUAAGUGCUAACCAGUUUUGUACAUAAAUGAUAAUUAUAAGAUACAUCAAUUUAUGAUUUUUUUUAAGUGUUUACUGUAGUUAAUAAUAAACCUGUAUUAUUCAUUUUAAAAGGGAACUCCACAAUACUAUCAGGAGCUUACGGCACAACAGCAACCUCGUGAAUACGACGACCCGGAGGACGAGGAAGCCGAGAUGGAAGCAGAACGGGAACUGGCCGAAGAUGCCCAGUGGAAGCGGAUUCAGCAGAACACAUUCACCCGCUGGGCCAAUGAGCACCUGAAGAUCAUCGAUCGAAAUAUCGCCAACCUGGAGACGGACCUGGCCGAUGGACUGAAGCUGAUUGCCCUGAUCGAGGUGCUCUCGCAGAAGCGUAUGAGUAAACACAACAAACGGCCCACGUUCCGCAGCCAGAAGUUGGAAAAUGUUUCCGUGGCGCUUAAAUUCCUGCAGAUCGAGGGGAUCAAGAUCGUCAAUAUUGAUUCUUCGGAUAUCGUGGAUUGCAAGCUGAAACUAAUAAUGGGUCUCAUAUGGACGCUGAUCCUGCACUACUCCAUCUCGUUGCCCAUGUGGGAAGGAGACGACAGUGAGGCUGCAACGAAUGGAAACAGCCCCACGCCAAAGCAGCGACUGAUGAACUGGAUCCAGCGGUUGGUGCCUGAUUUGCCGAUCAAUAAUUUCACAAACGACUGGACUAGUGGCAAAGCCAUCGGAGCAUUGGUCGACGGGGUAGCGCCAGGCCUAUGUCCGGAUUGGCCUCUGUGGGACCCGAAAGAUGCCGUCCAGAAUGCAACGGAAGCGAUGGGACUAGCCGACGACUGGCUCAAUGUGCGACAGCUGAUCCGACCGGAGGAAAUGGUCAAUCCAAAUAUCGACGAGCAGUCCAUGAUGACCUACUUGUCGCAAUACCCGAACGCGAAGCUCAAACAAGGUGCUCCGUUGCGGCCAAAAACUAAUCCCAAUAGGGUUCGCGCUUAUGGACCUGGCAUUGAACCAACUGGACCGGUAGUUGGAGCUCCCGCCAAUUUCACCGUUGAAACGUUCUCAGCUGGAAAAGGAACCGUGGACGUGGCUGUAAUCAAUCCGAAUGGAAACGCAGAAAAAGCGGACUGUCGCUUCAAUAAUGAUAAGAACCUCACCUAUUCAGUUUCGUACGUUCCAAAAAUUGAAGGACCUCAUAAAGUUUACGUUAAAUUCUGCGGUAGAGAUAUCCCGAAAAGUCCGUACGAGGUUCAAGUUGAAAGUCAAGCAGGUGACCCAUCCAAAGUGAUCGCAAGCGGACCCGGAAUUAUGCCCGAUGGUGUAUGCGUCAAUAAACUGACUUAUUUCGACAUUUCGACCAAGGAAGCUGGAAAAGGUGUUCCUGAAGUUAUCAUACUAGAUCCGGCUAAUCAUAAGACGACUGUCGCCGCAAAGUUACGUCAAAUAGCUCCGAAUCAAUACCGCUGCGAAUAUACGGCUAACAUGGUUGGCUUACACUCCGUCAACGUUUUCUACAACGGGCAGCAAAUUAAAAAUAGUCCCUAUGGAGUACGAGUUGCUCCUGUUUGCGAUCCCAGAAAGGUGAGAGCUAGCGGACGCGGCCUUCAACCCGUUGGAGUCCGUGUCAAUGAUGACGACGUUAGUUUCAAAAUCUACACUGAGGGUGCUGGUGAGGGAACUCCAGAGGUGAAAGUUUUCGGACCGGGGGGAGUUAUCCCAGAGUACAACAUUCGAAAGCUCGAUGGUACGACCUACCUAGCUCAAUACAUUCCAUUGAAAGAAGGACGCUACAAAAUCUUGGUGCUGUUCGGUGGUGUAGAGAUACCCAAAUCGCCAUUUGAGGUUACUGUAGGGCCCCAAAAGCAUACGUCUAUAGUAGCUUAUGGACCGGGACUGAAAUCAGGAAUGGUUGGCAAACCGGCUAGCUUCGUGGUUGAAACAAAUGGUGAAACUGGAAACCUCGGCUUCAGCAUAGCUGGUCCUUCGCAAGCCGAAAUCGAGUGCCACGAUAACGGAGAUGGGUCGGCUCUAGUCAAAUAUCAUCCAACCGCUCCGGGCGAAUACGCUGUACAUAUUUUAUGUGACAAUGAAGAUAUCCCCAAAAGUCCAUACAUUGCACAUAUCUUACCUAAAAUAGAUGACUUCCAUCCAGAGCUAGUGAAAGUGUUUGGCCCGGGAAUAGAGAAGAAUGGUAGCGUUAUAAUAAACAAGCCUACCGAGUUCACAGUGGAUGCCAGCAGAGCAGGAGAUGCUCCACUCGAAGUGAAGAUCAACGAUGUGUUUGCUAACACAAUUCAGCACAAAUUUGUUAAGAACGAAAACGAUACUAAAACUGUAUUGUAUACAGCACCAACCGCUGAUCCAGUAACAGUGGAAGUGAACUAUGGCGGUGUUGCGAUUCCUGGAUCUCCCUUCCGAGUUAACGUGUCAACACCGUUAGACGCAUCCAAAGUGGAGUUUUUCGGCCCAUGGUUAGAGAGUGGAAACAGACCAAAUGCUGCUACUCACUUCAAUGUGGACGCCAGAAACGCUGGCAAUGGACUACUGGAGGUAAAUUUGAUCCAUGAUGAAACCAAGCAGAAAAUCCCAGUUCGUAUCAUCGACAACGAUGAUAAUACCUAUGCGGUUGAGGUGAUUCCUCCUUUGCCCGGAACAUACACGACGAAUUUAGUCUACGGUGGACUGAAAGUUCCAAUGGCUCCAAAAGUAACCGUCAAUCCAGCGGUAGAUGUUUCCAAAAUCAAGGUCGAUGGAUUAGAACCAAGUGUGAUCAUGAAUGCACCAACUGACUUUAUGGUCGACAUGAGCAAGGUUGGUGACGACGUGGACAAGAGCAAACUGUCGUGCAACAUAUUUGACCCCCGUGGAAAUGAGAUUCCAAGUAAACUUGUCCCUGGAGAGAAUAGCGACAUCUUCCGUAUUAUGUACACUCCAUUCGAAGCUGGUCGCCAUACAAUCGAGCUAUUGUACGACAAUGUUCCCGUUCCUGGAUCACCGUUUGUAGUAAACGUUAAAUCUGGUUGCGAUCCAACACGUUGUCGCGCAUUUGGUCCCGGCCUUGAGCAUGCACUUACCGAUCAACCAGCCACAUUCACAGUUGAAACCCGAGGAGCCGGAGCGGGUGGCUUAUCGCUAGCUAUCGAAGGUCCAUCAGAAGCUAAAAUGAGUUGCACUGAUAAUCGAGAUGGAUCCUGUGAUGUGGAGUACGUUCCGACGGAACCAGGUGAGUAUGACAUCACUAUACGGUUUGCCGAAAAGCACAUUCCUGGCUCUCCGUUCAAAAUUGUGGUUAGUGAGGCGACUCGCCCAGAAAAGGUCAAAGUGUACGGACCGGGCAUUGAGCAUGGACAAGUUUGUGAAGGUGUUCCAGCAGAAUUCUACAUCGAUUGCGGUCAAGCUGGACCAGGCAAAAUUGGCGUCAAACUUACGUCCUCUAAUGGUAAACCUAUAAGUGUCCACGUUGAGGAUAAAGGUGAUGGGGUCUAUGCAGUCUCAUACAAUCCGCCAAAAGAAGGUUCAAUUCUUACUGCGAAUGUCAACUUCGCAGACCAGGAAGUCAGCGCGAGUCCCUUCGUCAUGACCGUUGGUCCAGCUCCUGCUGACACUGCCACCGGUAAAGUUUAUGGCGAUGCAACAACUAAGAAAAAACUGCCGGCUUCAUUACCUGCCAAAUUCCAAAUUGAUGCUCCAAAGAAAGGCGCAAAGGGAUCACCGGGUAAAGAAGACAUCAAUGUCAGUAUCAAAGGCCCAGAUGGAAAAUCACUCGUUCCAAAAAUGGAGCAGGUCGAAGACGGAACGUACGCCGUAACAUUCGUACCGGAUGAAUGUGGUCCGUACAAUGUCAGUAUCAAAUGCGGUGGAAAAGAUGUGCUGGGUUCACCGUUCUUACUGCAGGCGAUUCCCACUGGAGAGGCGGAGAAGGUUAAACUAUUGGAAGCUAUUCCAACCAACCAGGAGUACGGAAAGAAGAAUCAUGUAGCGGUCGAUGCGCGUGAAGCUGGAACUGGUGCCGUCACGUGUAAGAUAGUGUCACACUCGGAGGCUAGCGAUGUUGACCUAGAGGUGAUUGAAAAGGAUGGCUUCUUUGACAUCUUUUACACGUUAAAAAACCCGGGCGAUUACGAUUUGGACAUCAAAUUUGGCGGCCAAAACAUCCCGAAUGGAACCUUUACGAUCAAGGCCGUAGAGAGCAUUGAAGAACAGGUCACCAGUAGUACCAGCAGUACUACCAAGACCUCAUCGGCAACCGUCUCCGAAAACCAGCAGAUCUACCAACAUCAGGAAUCCUACGUAGAACAGGUAUCCUCUGUAUCUAAGUCCAAGCAAAUACAUCAUCAGACAGCUUGCGAAGAGUUCCUGAUUCGAGAACGGCUAGUCAACGGCAAGUACGAGAACGGUCUCACUAACGGAAACCACGUAAAUAACGUUCAUUCAACCGCCGUCAAUACUCACACCGCCAACAGUAACAGUUGCACAACAACAACAACCUCAGCCACUGCAACCAGUACAUCUACCUCCAAUUGCGAAAACUCUACUUCGGCCAAAUUCCGGGACUUUAGACUUGAUAGAUUAAAUCUUCCGCAAACCGGAGGAGAAGUAACCGCCGACAUCAAGAUGCCGAACGGACAGGUAGAUAAGCCAGUUAUCGAAGAUAACCACGAUGGUACCGUAUCGAUCAAAUAUGACCCGAAAGAGGAAGGAGUCCACGAGUUAGCAGUGAAGUACAACGGUGAGCAUGUUCAGGGGUCUCCGUUCAAGUUCCAUGUGGACUCGAUCUCCAGCGGCUACGUCACGGCUUACGGACAAGGCCUGAUCCAUGGAGUUACCGGUGAACCGGCGCAGUUUACUAUUUCCACCAAGGGCGCAGGUGCCGGCGGACUUCAGAUGGCCGUUGAAGGACCCAGCAAAGCCGAUAUCACGUACCACGACAACAAAGACGGAACGGUGUCCGUUUCCUACCUUCCUACGGCACCCGGCGAAUAUAAAAUCACCGUACGCUUUGGUGAUAAACACAUCAAAGGAUCGCCAUAUUUUGCCAAAAUCACCGGUGAAGGUCGCAAACGUAAUCAAAUUUCUGUUGGCUCCUGUUCUGAAGUUACGCUGCCCGGUGUAAUUUCCGACCAUGAUCUACGUUCAUUGAAUGCUUCCAUCCAGGCUCCAUCUGGGUUAGAAGAACCUUGUUUCUUGAAACGCAUGCCAACCGGAAACAUCGGAAUCUCGUUCACCCCUCGUGAAGUCGGUGAACAUACAGUGUCAGUAAAGCGUAUUGGCAAGCAUAUUGCCAACUCGCCGUUUAAGGUUAAGGUAUGCGAACGUGAGGUAGGUGACGCGAAGAAGGUCAACGUUAAAGGAAACGCUCUGAAAGAAGGCAAAACACACACCGAGAACACCUUUUCGGUAGACACACGUAAUGCUGGCUAUGGAGGCCUUUCGCUUUCCAUUGAAGGCCCUAGCAAAGCUGAAAUUCAGUGCACCGACAAAGAAGAUGGUACGCUGAAUAUAUCCUACAAACCAACGGAACCUGGUUAUUACAUUGUGAACUUGAAGUUUGCCGAUCAUCAUGUCAGUGGAUCACCAUUUACCGUUAAGGUCUCCGGUGAAGGUACUAACCGACAGCGAGAAAAAAUCCAACGUCAACGGGAAGCCGUCCCUGUCACUGAAGUUGGCAGCCAGUGCAAACUGACAUUCAAAAUGCCUGGUAUCACUUCAUUUGACUUAUCGUCUACGGUCACCUCUCCCGGAGGAGUUACCGAGGACGCGGAAAUUCAGGAGAUCGAAGAUGGCCUCUACGCAGUGCACUUCGUUCCGAAGGAACUGGGCGUGCACACCGUCUCCGUUAAAUAUAAGCAGAUCCACAUCCCUGGAUCCCCAUUCCAAUUCACUGUGGGUCCAUUGAAGGAUACCGGAUCCCAUUUGGUCAAGGCUGGUGGCCCUGGAUUGGAACACGGAGAACAAGGUGUGCCGUGCGAGUUCAACGUGUGGACUCGUGAAGCUGGUGGAGGCACCCUGGCCAUUUCAGUUGAAGGCCCUAGCAAGGCUGAUAUUGAGUUCAAAGACCGUAAGGAUGGAUCGUGCGAUGUCGCCUACGUAGUCAGUGAACCAGGUGAUUACCGUAUUGGUCUCAAGUUCAACGAUCGUCAUAUUCCGGAUUCACCUUUCAAAGUAUACGUUUCGCCAGCGAUGGGUGAGGCACACAAGCUGGAGAUUGCCCAGUUUCCUACUUGUCCGGUACAAGCCGAUAAGCCUGCGCAGUUCAUCGUGCGAAAGAAUGGCGCCAAAGGUGACCUCGACGCAAAGGUUGUGGCUCCAUCGAACAAUGAGGACGAUUGUUUUAUCCAGCUAAUCGACCAAGACCAAUACUCGGUUCGUUUCUAUCCGCGAGAAAAUGGAAUUCAUGCAAUUCACGUGAAGUUCAACGGAGUUCACAUACCUGGAUCUCCGUAUCGCAUCAAGGUUGGUAAGGACGAUGUUGACCCUGCAGCAGUUCAUGCAUCUGGUAAAGGUCUCGGUGAUGUAAAGACCGGCGAGAAAACAGACCUGAUAAUCGAUACGUGCAACGCCGGUGCCGGAACUCUUGCUGUUACCGUUGACGGACCGUCCAAAGUAGCGAUGGAUUGUACUGAAGUUGAGGAAGGUUAUAAAGUACGGUACACUCCCCUGCUUCCCGGACAUUACUACAUGACCAUUAAGUACAAUCAAAUGCAUAUCGUCGGAUCCCCGUUCAAAAUCAAUUGCACAGGGGUUACAGGUGAGAAGCUCGCAGAGGAAGGUGGCCAAGAAACAUCCUCGGUGGUGGUAGAAACAGUCGCAAAGGUCUCCAAAGCGGGCAGUCGAGCAGGAGUUAUACUGCCGAUUUUCAAGUCAGACGCAAGCAAAAUACAAUCCAAAGGCAUGGGUCUGAAGAAAGCAUAUCUUGGCAAGCAAAAUCAGUUCACGUUAAAUGCUGGAGAUGCUGGAAAUAACAUCCUAUUCGUUGGCAUUUAUGGACCAAAGGGACCCUGCGACGAAGUGUUCAUCAAACAUACCGGCCGCAACCAAUAUAAUGUAAACUACCUAGUACGCGAACGUGGCGAAUAUAUUCUUCUGGUUAAGUGGGGCGACGAUCACAUCCCCGGUUCGCCAUUUAAGGUCGAGGUGUAAGCCGUCUCAAUUACCGCCACCAUUGCCAUCACCGUCGUCGUCCUGCGUCCCAUAUCCACCUCCUUGAGUGUUGUUGCGUGUGUGCGCAUUAGUGCCUUAUCGACCCUUCAAACUUAAAGAAUACAUAAAACAAAACAAAACACACAAAAUUCAACUAAAACUGUCUGCUAAACAGUGAAACCUUGUUGUUCAAAUAUGGCCGAAUUCAAACUUGUAGUUGAUCACACACCUAUUUCUCAUGAAAGACACAUUGUAACAGCAAAAAACAAAUCAUGAAAUAAUCUACAAACCUAAAUCGACCUACGUAGUAAACGGGACCCAUAUGAAAAUUUAUUUCCUAACUAGAAAAGAAAAACACACACACACAUAAACACACAACUUUUGCAACUUUUCCUGUUCUGAUUAUACGGAAAUCCACGAGACAAAGACAAACACUAACAAUUAACUAAGAAGCGUCGCCAAGAUUUAAAAUUAUACCGAACGGCAAUAAUCGACCGCUCAAAGCCAUCGACAGAUAAAGGCCAUUGGACUAUUUUUUUAUUACAAAUUGAGCUGAAAUCAACCAACAGAGAUAUUGAUUAUUAUAACUAUCUCGAACAGCAAAUCAAAAUAGCAACAUUACAAUCAUCGAGCAGCGAGAGAAAUCAUUAAUGUUAUUCUAGUUAUUAUUCUCAAUUACGAUAAUGUUCGAUUAAGUUUUUCUUUUAUAAGUUAUCCAUACUCCUCUUUUAUAAGUACGAAUUGUCAUUUAUGUUCUGUCGCUCGUUCUUGAAUUUUGUUUUGUGUCCAGAAGCAUCGUUAGAUCGUUAGAUUUUUAGUUUGUAUAGUUUCAGUUUUUACUCUUUAUGUUGAACAUUUUUCGUGGAAA